AUGCAAGUGACGGUUCUCGGCUGCACUUUCCUCACGCUGUCAGAUCGUGAGGAAAGUAUUGCCGAGAACCGGUAGUUGUCACAGCGGGGAUCGGCACCGAUCAUCAGGGCACUGAUGAUCAGUGCCCUGAUGAUCGGUGCCCAGCAGUGCCACCCGCAAGUUCCGCCCACAUGUGCCCAGCAAUCACCCACCUGUGCCCAGCAGUGCACCCACCUGUGCCACUCUGCAGUGUCACACACCUGUGCCCAGAAGUGCCACCUACCUGUGCCCAGAAGUGCCACCUACCUGUGCCCACCCACCUGUGCCCACCAGUGCCACCCACCGGUGCCC